AUGACAACCCGAGCAGAUUUUUUCGGACAACGACCAAGACGUCGCAGUUCUUUACGGCAAGCGUUGGCCGUAAUCCCCGACAUGACAAGUUUAUCAGUAUCCUUAGGAUCACCACCUGUUGCAAGUCCAAACAACAAUUUAAACACAGACCGGAGUCCUUGGCACUCUGCUUCAAUAGCGACCUCGAGUCCGGACGAGCUGGUGAUUCAAAAGCGUGGUCGACGCAGCAAGACGAUAAUCUGGUCACCCGAGGCUGACUCCAAGAGGAACAGCUUGUUGAGCUACAGCGCGCGUGAACAUACUCCAGAAAAAAAUCCCGACUCUCAAUCGCAGUCGCCGAUAAUGAUGCGCGAACAUUUAUCAAUUAAAAAGAGGCUAGAUCUUUCAGGAGAAUUCAACGAGUCGCUUCUGACUACUCCGGAUAAAAAGUACAAAUUAAUGAACGGUGAUUGCCAAUUUACUGGCAAUAAUUUAUUGAACGGCCUCAGAGGAUUGAGCAACGAACAGCUGGUUAAGAUGAUCAUGAAUUUAGUUACGAUGCAAGAGGAAGGGACGUUGUCCAGUGAUAGUAAAUUGCGUGAUGUUAUUCUUAAUAUUAUUCCAGCAGCUGAUGUUAGUCCGUUGCAGGAGAGGUUGGGUGUUUUAAGGCAGAAUAUUUUCAGUAGUCUCAUUUCUACUGGAGAUUCUGCUUACAUACGUGCCUAUGUACAUUUAGAUGCCUUUCAGAAAACUUUGAUGGAACAAGGAAUGAAAUUGUUGCAGUCACAACACUGGAUUUCUUUGAUGCAUUAUGUUUUUAUAGCUUGGGCUAUUACUAAAGAUUUACCAGAAUGGAAUAAUGGAGAUAAUACGUCACAAAAAUGUUUUUCUAGCCUUGCGAAUUUUUGUAAGCAAGCUUUGUCAAGUGCUGCCUCUAGUGACUAG